CAGACAUCGCGGCAAUUGUCAAAUGACUAGAGGGCUGGUUCGGUAUAUUCUCCCCCAAAUUUAAUUACUCCAAAAAAGGGAGUAAAAAAAAAUAAAUAAAAACAAAUAAAAAAAAAAAAUAAACAGUCUCUGUUGUGUAUGUGUCAGUAUGUGAGUAAAUUUUACAUGUCAGUGUCUAAACUCUAAAGCAACAAAAUAAUACAUGAAGACAAUCAACCAAAAAGAGCAUGUUAUAGAAAAAAUCAGAGAAAAAAGAUAUAAUCAAUUUGUUUCUACGGUUUUUUCUAAACACAAAUGAGCAUAAUAUUUGUGAAUAAAAAUAGAUGAUAAUAAUAAAAUUAUAAACAAAGUGUAAUUGUAAAUAAAACAGUAAGCAACUCAUCAAUACACACAGUAAAAAGUUGGACAGUGUCAUCUUUCGCAGUAACAUUUUGUAUCGCGUGAUACUCUAGGUGGGGAGACAAACAAAUUAAUUAUAAUUCGGUGCAGUGUUUUUGCACGAUACGACAAGUCUACAUCUACAUAUAAAAAAAAAAAAAAAAAAUAAUAUAUAAACGUGAGAGAUCAACACGCACGCCUGCAACGAAAAAAAAGAGUAAUAUUUUUUUUUUUUUAAACACAAAAGAUUGAGGUGUGUAUUAUGUGCUGUGUGAAUAAUAUUUAUCCGUCAUUGUUGUAGCUAAAUGUCGUAACUACAUUGAUAUCAUUAUAUACAUUUACGCCUUUUUGUUACUACAAAUAUAUAUAUAAUAAUUUAACGUUAGUGGUGUGUUUAGUUAACUUGUCUCUUGAUAUAUUGGUGCUUGACGAAUAAUUUUUUUUUUUAUUUUUUUUCCUUCAAGUUUGCGUUUGUAAUUUAGUUUCAUUGCGCAUGAAGUCGACAAAUGAACAAUAAAUUAUAUUGAACAAGGAAAUAGUCUGUUUUGAUCUAAAAAAAAAAUUUAAUUUUUUUAUUUAUUUAUUAUUAAUAAUAUUAAAUAACUUUGUUUUUUUUUUUUUUUUGGGAAUGGAUUGAUGACUGUUUUAUGAAUAGAUCAAUCAACUAUUUCAAUGGACAUUAUUAGAUAUUAAUUUUGAAAAUUGAAAUAUAAUUUUUAUUUGGAUACAUUGGAGCUUGCUUGCGAUAAUGAAAAUUAAAACUUCAGUUGAUCUUACAUAGGCAUCUCUACGGACAUCAACAUCAGUAGAGAUGGCUUGUUGUGCGCCGUAGAGUUGAUGAUGUUGCCAUGCUAUUAACAACACAUUCAUCAUCCCCGACAAUAAAUAAUUCAUCUAAUAUGUUGUCGGUACUUGAAGAAGAAACAAACACCGAUAUCGACGAUGUGUUUCCACCACAUGUCGAUACAUCGAAUAUUGUUGUACAACCAGAAUCUCCAGUAACUAAAAAACAAACAUUAAAAACAUUCAAUGAUAUUAAUACACUAUUACAAGCAGGUAGAAAAAGAGAAGUUAAAUUAUUAUUACGAGAAAAUGCAUGGCCAUUAAGUAAUGGUAUUAGAGCACAAUUAUGGCCUGCAUUGUGUCAACAACAUGCCCAUGGAAAAAGUAUGCUAGAUGGUUUUUAUUGGGACAUGGUUAAUCAAGUUUUUGGAACAACUGAACUUCCGGAAAAAUCAAUAAUGCUACCACCAUUUGUUGACAGUACACAUUGUCUAUCAUAUAAUUUAACAAGAAAAGGACGAAGUGUUGCUGACAGAGUUGUUUCUGUUCUUGGUUAUGCUUGUCCUGAUAUAACAUAUAGUCCAUCACUUUAUCCAAUGACAGCACUUUUAUUACACUUUAUGCCAGAAGAAGAGUGUUAUCAUUGUAUGGCAAGUCUUGUUGCUGCUAAAGAAAAAAUGUUUAUCACACAAACUAAAUUACUCUAUGAAGUAACAUGGAAAACAGUUGAACAAAUUACUAAAAAACAUGUUAAAUCAGCAGCUGUUCAUUUAGCAAGGCAUUGUUCUGGUUCAAGAGCUGAAAGAAUUUACAUUGAUUGGAUUUGGUGGAUAUUACAAUUAUUACCAUUUCAACAUCUUGUCAGAGUUAUGGAUGUGUUUUUGCACGAAGGAUCAAAGGUUUUAUAUCGUAUGGCAAUGGCUAUUGUGCUGUUAUUUUACAAACACUCAUCAUCACAAACAUCAGAGUGGAUGGGAGAAAUAACAAAAAAUGGUGUUGAUGCAGCACUUUCAAAAUUUAGUCGCCAAAUACCGGUUAGCCCAGCUAAAUUUUUAAAGACUGCAUUUGGAAUUCGCGGAUUAAGUUCUGCUUACAUAUCACGAGUAUUUUUACGUACUGAAAUGUCCCUUAAAAGUCGAAGUGUAUUAACUGGAUCAAGAUCAUUAGCCAGAUCCCGAUCAACUGAUAAUUUACCUACAAGCCAAUCACAAGUCAACAUUCAAAUGAUGUCACAUACUCUUACAAUCCGUGAGAAAGAGUGCGAAGACACGUACAAAGACAGGGGUGCACACAGUCCUGGGCCGCGAGCACUAUCAAUGGGCGUAUAUCCCAUACAGAUGGUAAACUCCCAGAUCUUAGAUGUGCCUGAUUUAUUUACACUUUGGUCAUGGCUGCCAGUGAGAAUAACAAUGUAUCAACCAAUACUACUUUAUACAACUGAGGAACAUGGAUGUUCAUUAACGACAUUCUACGUAAGAGUUGAACAACACGAGCCUACAUUACUAAUGAUUAAAACUUGCAACAAUGAGGUAUUUGGUGCCUACUGUUCUACAAGAUGGUGUGAAAGAAAUUUAAAAGAUGACAAAGGACAAAGACAAGCUUAUUUUGGUACGGGCGAAACAUUCCUGUUUAGUUUAUAUCCAGAACGUGCAAAAUAUCCUUGGGUUGGAAUGGACUCAUCACACACUGAUUCAAGAAUGCAUCAUUCAGCUGAAUUAUUUAUGGCUGCUGAUGCUAAAAUGAUAACAAUUGGUGGAGGUGAUGGACAAGCAAUUUGGAUGGACGAAAACAUACGUUUUGGUAAAACAGAUCGAUGCUCGACAUUCAACAAUCCUCCUCUGUGUGCAUCCGGUGAUUUCGAAAUUCGUGUACUAGAAGUUUAUGGUUUUGCUGGAGCCUAGUUUAUUAACAUUAAUAGUUACUAAAUUUAUAUCUUGAUUUAUUUAUUUAUUAUUAAUUUUUUUUUUUUCAAGUCAUUACUCACAAUACUGCCAGUGAUUAAUUAAAAAUGUCUUUGUCUUGUUAUUAUCUGUGAAAAUUUAAUUUAAAAUACUAUAUAUAAAUAACCGUAAAAAACAAAAAUGUUUAAGAACAAAUUUAAAAAAACAAAUGGAUAGUUGGUCUCAUACUUUUUUGUUUUAAAAAUAUGUAUAACAGAAUAGUAUUAAAUGCGUGAUAUGGCUUUACGGUUAACAAAUGUGUAAAUUUAAUUUCGAAUUGAGUAGUAGAAAAUUUAUCAAACAAGGAACAAAAGAAAUAUCCCAGUUUCACAAAUUAUUAUUAUUAAAAUAAAAAAUUAUCUUCGCGUACCUAAUGACUAUUUAAACAUUAAAAAUAAAAACAAUUACUCCAUAAUAAUAAGUCGAAAAACGAAUAAUUAAAACAACAUAUUUGUCUCAACAACGAGGUGCUUAGUUUAAGAUAAAUUUUUGUAAUAAUACAUACUGAUUUAAAUGAUAAUCAUUAUUAUUUAUAAAUUAUAAAAAAAAAAAUCACAUGACUCGACUUGAUAAAUGAUCGUCUCUAGUCUUAUCAUGAAUAUCGCAUGAUUAUGUAUUAUCAAUUAUUAUAACUACUAUUAACAAUUAAUUUUUUGUUUCAUUUUUUUUCUUUUAUUUUUUUUUUUUGUUAUUAUUGACAUAAUUUGGCCUUAUUCCUUAUUGAAGCCGGGUUUCAAGAUGGAUAAUAAUUCACAUAUUUAUUUCAAAAAAAAAAAAAAAAGAAAAUAAACAAAAAAAAAAUGAACAAAAUAUAUAAAUUAUUAUUAUCAUAAAUUUUUGUACAUUUUUUUGUUUUUUUUUUUUUGUUUCAAUUAACUUGUUGAACUCCGAAUAAUAUAUAUGAAUAAUUGACUGAAUUAAUUAAUUUAGUUUUAAUAAUAAUAAUAGUAAUUUUUUGUUGUUGUUGAUAAAGAUUGAAAAUUAAAAUUAAACAUUAAAUUUUUUUUAUAAAUCAUUAGUAUUUUCAGUGAUAAAAUUUAUUAUUAUUUUUUUUUGUUUAAAUUUGAUAAUUAUGUAACUAAAUUUCAUCAAUUCAUAUUGUAUUUGUUAUUAUUGUUCUCGUAUUCACUCCAGUUUAUUCCCGAUAAAAAAAAAAUAAUAAUGUGUAUUGUAUUAUUGUAUGUAGAAUAAUGAAAAAAAAAAAUAGUCUCGGGAAUUUUGCUUUUUGAUGUAUAAUAAAUAUUAAUUAUAAAUUACAAUUACAAACAAAAAUAAUAAUAAUAAAUAGCGUUGUUGUUGUUGAUGUUGUUGUUGCUGUUUUCAAAAUGCAAAUUUCCUGACUCUAGUCACGAUUAUCAUAAACUCGUGUACAAUAGUUGAAGAAAAUAAUACUGAAAAUUACAUUUUUUCUUUUUUUUUUUUUUCAAAUCAAUAUUUAAUGUUUAAUAAUACAUAAAAAAUAUAUUGUGUUUUACGUUACUAUAUAGUUACUAUACUUCAACAUAAUAUCAAUAAUUUCAUAUAAAAUUCAACUAAAUUUUUAUGUUAAAUUGUUUUUAUUUCGAAAAAGAAAAUAGACGAAUGAAUGAAAUAAUAAUU